AGGAACAAUCCAUUAACUGUUCUUCUCCAUAGCUUAACUAAAAAAUCUGUGCAGAAACAUGAGAACAAGAGGCUGUAGUGUGCAGCAAGGUCUGAGUUUAGAGGCAUUAAGUGUUGUGAACCAAGCUAUGGUUCUUGCUAGGCAGAGAGGCCACUCCCAAGUCACACCUCUCCAUGUGGCCAACACCCUCCUUGCAUCUUCUUCUUCUUCUUCGAAUGGCCUUUUUCGAACCGCUUGCCUUCACUCCCAUUCCCACCCCCUCCACUGCAAAGCCUUGGAGCUCUGCUUCAAUGUUGCACUGAACCGCCUCCCGGCCUCUCCCGCCCAACACCUCUCCCUUUCCAACGCGCUCUUGGCAGCCUUCAAGCGGGCUCAGGCUUACCAGAGGCGAGGGGCGAUAGAGAGCCAUCAUCAUCAGCAGCAGCACCAGAACCAGAACCAGAACCAGCUCGUUCCGCCUGUGAAGAUAGAUGUGGAGCAGCUCAUCAUCUCUGUCUUGGAUGAUCCUAGUGUGGGGAAAGUCAUGAGGGAAGCUGGCUUUUCGAGUUCCCUCGUUAAAACCAAUGUGGAACAAGCGCUUUCCCUCCAACUUUCCUCUCAGAAUUCGGAAAACCGCGUGAAUCCCAGAGAGAACACUGCCCAUCUGUUUCCUUCCCAUCCAUGUCCAACAACUACUCAUCAGAGUGAAGGGGUGAAGGAUUUGAACAAAGUCAGCCUUAGCUUGAGCCUCAACCCAGAGAGUCAUUUGGAAACAAUGAAACCCCAGAGCAAGAAAUUUGAGGACGGAUCGUCUCGGAAGAUGAUUGAAAAUGGGGAGAUAAAGCUAAGUUGCUGUACAGAAUGCUCAGCCAUGUUUGAAGCAGAAGCUCUUAGCAUACAGAACACUAUUUCUAACACUCAAUCUUCAGUUUCAAGCCUGCCCUCUUGGCUUAGAGAUGAAAAUUCAAGACUUAACAGUAAUUAUGAUCAGAAAUGUAUGGCAAUGGAGCUGCUGUGUAAGAAAUGGAAUUCUAUUUGCAGUUCAGUCCACAAAAAAUAUCCUAAUCCAAUUUUAGACCCCAAAGAACAAUGGAGGGAAAAUCAAGGAUUUGAAACUAGUCUGAGAAUUUACAUUCCUGAGCACACCAAUCUGGGAAAUAUGUGUUCUUUUAAUCCCAAUCCUUCACCUUCUUCAAGCAAUGCAAUGGAAGUUGAAUACAUUCCAAGAAAGGAAACAACCCGUCGGGCUCAUUGUGGUUCUCUCGACUUGAACAUCUGCAUUUAUGAACAUCACGAUGCUUUUUGAAGAUGAUACGAAGUUAUUAUAUAUCUUCGAAAUCUAUGGGUGUAAAAAUUUUGUAUGAUAAUGGUGUAUUGACAAGUUUUUGUAAGAUCAGUACGUGAUGCCAAAAAUUCAUAUUUUUGGUUGAUUUUAGGUAAUAUGUAAUUAUUUUAACUUUUCCCAUUAACACUAGUAUUUAAUAAAUGUGGCUUUAUAAUUGUC